AUGGCUGGGGGAACGAGCAUCUGGGUUAGCAGUGAGGCAAAGACAGAUCCAAAGGCAAUCUUCAACCUCCGCCUUCUCUACCUCUUGGUUGCCGUCUCCUGGGCCGGCUCCUUUUAUGGAUUUGAUACAGGGAAUAUCGGCGGGAUUCUCACUCUGCCAUCUUUUCAAAAUGCUUUUGGAAUGAGUGGAGUAACUCAGUCUGAGUUGGAUAACAGAAAGGGCACAAUUGCGAGUAUGCUCGCAGCAGGUGGAUCUGCCGGCUCCUUGCUCGCAGCACCAACUUCUGACUACUUCGGUCGAAAAUGGUCGGUAUUUGCCUGGGGUCUGGUGUUCUUAGUUGGAGCACUGAUGCAGAUGAUCGCUAACUAUGAGGUCCUCCUCGCCGGGCGGUUCAUCGCGGGUAUGGGUGUUGGUGCAUCGUCGAUGCUUACCCCUCAAUUCCUGGCGGAAAAUUCGCCGAAGUCCGUUAGAGGAUCCAUGACUGCCACCUAUAAUCUAAUGAUUGUCACAUCUCUUAUGCUGGCAUUCUGGGUGAAUUAUGGUGUCUCGAAGUGGUCUUUCCCUGGUGUGGAGCACGACAAUUCCCAGUGGCGCUCCGCAAUGGGCAUUCAGUUGAUUCCCGGUGCCCUCUUGUGCUUGAUGAUUCCAUUUGUGCCAGAGACUCCACGUUGGUUGAUCAACCACGGAAAAUCCGAGAAAGGUCUCGAAAAUAUUUGCAGAUUGCGGAAACUUCCUGCGGAUCACAUAUAUGUGCAAACUGAAUAUCGUGAGAUUGAGGCACAGGUAAUUCACGAGCAGGAAUGCUUUGCUGGACAUAGCUACUGGGUUGUCAUGAAGGAUAUCUUCACGUCAAGAAGUAACUUCCAGCGCUUCUUCCUGUCUGUGAUGCUGUUCCUGUUCCACAAGUUCACAGGAACAGACUCGCUCAAUUACUACGCACCAGAAAUCUUUGCCUUAAUUGGAGUGAAGGGCAGCUCCUCCAGCUUGCUCACUACCGGAAUCUAUGGCGUUGUCAAGACAGUCACCACAAUUUUUUAUGUGGGUUACCUGGUUGACCGAGUUGGACGUCGUAUUCCACUCCUGAUCGGAGCUACAUUACAAGCUACUGCGAUGCUUUACCUGGCGCUCUAUCUUCGGUUCGCAGGAACGAAUACGGAAACGGUAGGAGGUACUCCUGCGGGAGGUAUUGUUGGCAUCAUCUGGAUCUACAUUUAUGCUUUCGGCUGGUCAUUUGGCCAUUCUGUUGCAUGCUACGUGGUCGCUGCAGAGAUUUUCCCAACGAGAAUUCGAUCUUUCUGUAUGGCGAUCUGCUUUUUCAUUAAUUGGAUUGUGGACUACGGUAUUACUCGAGCAACGCCGAACAUGAUCACCGAGAUGGGCUGGGGUGUGUUCCUACUUUAUGCUAUGCUGACCUACUUGGGCGUCAUUUUCAUAUUUUUCUGUUUGCCUGAGAUGAAAGGUCGGUCAAUUGAGAGUAUGGAUAAUUUGUUUGAGCGACCGCUAUGGACAAUGUGGCGACAUGCUUAUCCUACCGAGGAAGAGAAGACUCGUUCUGAUGUGCGAGAGGAAAUCAUGGCUGGCAAACUGAAUGAUCAGGAUGACGAUGGAAAGAGAAACCGCGUGGAGCAUGUUGAGUCGGUGUGA